UAAAUCAAAGGUCUAUCGAUCAAUUAAUAUACAGCUAAUUGAUUAGCAUUCAAUUCAUCAAUUGUAUCGAUCGUGUAAAUUCAAAUGUAAAUUGAAUGUAUUAAUAAGCAUGCAACAGUGAGAAAAAUCAGUUGAGUGUUGGAUACGCAGGAGACGGUUGUUAUUUGUCUUCUGCUAAUUUCAUUGAAAAUAUUACAAUAAUGAAGUUCAUCAUAAUCAAUAUUACUCUAUUGGUUAUGAAUAUGUUCUACACAUUGGUGAUAAUAUCAGUUAUAGAGAAGUUAAAACAUUUUGUGUUAAAAGUUGAUGAUUAUAACGAUGCUGCUGCAGAUGCUGAUGCUCCUGCUGUUGCUGCUAAUGAUGAUGAUGAUUUUGCAGAUGAUGAAGAGAAUGAUGAAGAUUAUGGACAUGAUGAGUUAUUUGAGGAUGUUGAUGAUGAUAAUGGUGAAGAUGAUGAAGUGGAUGAUGAAGAUUUCGGAUACGAUGAGGUUUGUGACGAUUAUGAUGAUGAUGUAAAUGAUGAUGAUUAUUUUGCAGAUGAUGAAGAGAGUGAUGAAGAUUAUGGACAUGAUGAGUUAUGUGAGGAUGUUGAUGAUGAUAAUGGUGAAGAUGAUGAUAAAUGUUUUGGACGUGAUGUGUUUUGUGACGAUGACGUUGCUGAUGAUGUAGCGGAUGAUGAAGAUUGUGGAUGUGAUAAAUGUUGUGUGAAGACAAUUAUGAUGAUGAUGAUGUUGAAAAUGAAGCGGAUGAUGAUGAAGCGGAUAAAGUAGAUUAUGGAUGUCAUGAGCAUUGUAACGAUGACGAUAAUGAAGAUGAUGAGGUGGAUGAUGAAGAUCAUGUCUAUGAUGAUGAUGAUGUAUAUGAGACUGAUGAUUAUUAUCAUGAUAAUGUGGAUGAUGUUGAUGUUGUGAAUGAUGAUGUUAAUAAUAAUAAUAAUAAUUGUAUUAUUUAUGAUAAUAAUUUGUUUAAUCUAACUAAUCAUUUCAAUGUGAUUUGAUAAUAAUUCUUAUUUAUAUUUUCUAUCAAUUCUCCUUUGAUUGGUAUAGGAUGAAGGUAUUCAAAGAAGGAGAAUACAGAAUGGAACAAUGAAGAAGAAUGUGAUUUUGAUUGUGUACAAAUUUGAUUUUACAUUGUAUAAUAUAAUCUUAAAAUAAUGC